CCUAAAUUAUAUCCAAACUCUUUUAAAUAAAAUUGAUUUGAAAACUACGACGAACCCCUAACUCGGCGGUGAUAAUAGCGCAUAAAAACCGUCUGACCACUUGAUAGCUUUCGAAAUACACUACUAGAUUUUUGAAUUAUGACAUUCAGCGUGGCCCAGGGCAAGAGGGACAAAUAACUUUGAUAGGUCAUCCCGACCUAAAUAUAAUUUACUAGGGGCACCCAGGUCCCACACCCAUGGUGGGUUGACUAAAAAGUCAAGAUAUAUGCCGAACUCAUCACUCUCAUAAUAGAUAAUAGGUUUUCUUCCCGACUUCCCCAAACCAAAGCAGCCAUCUUUAACAGUAGAGGCGAGCAGCAGAAAACGAGAGAGAGAUGGGAGGGAAAGGAGUUCGAAGAAGAGAGAAGAACUAUAACAAAGCACAUGGAGACAAAUACAAACGUCUACCACCACCACCUAAAUCUAAUGACAUCGAUGCUAUGCCUUCUAAACUUCGUAAACUCAUGGAGUUCACUUCUCCUAAACCUAAUAUCAAGGAUAUCCCUCAUUCAGAAUCAAACCUAAGAUCUUCAAAAGGUAGUGAAAGUAGUAAAGGCAAAAAGAAAGGCACCACUGGAACUGAUAAAAAACCAAAUCCGAAGGAUGAGAUUGACUCUAAACCUGCUAGAUUCAGUGAGGAUGGCGAUGAUGAAAAUAUUGUAACACCUAAACAAGAAGACAGCGGAGAUGAAGGUGUGGACAAAGAUGAUAAGAAAAAUAAAAAGAGGAAGAGGAAGCCAGUUAAUGACCUUCGUUUCGACACAUUGGAAGGUCGUCCCAAGGGAUUAAAAAGAAAGGAGCGCAAGAAAAAGUACUUAGAAGCCAAAAAGAACAAACAUAAAAAAGGAAAGACAGAGGAUGAUAUGCUGGGCUUCCAAGGACAUGAGAAAAUCAGGUUUGGAGAUGUAGUUGAAGCUCCACCAAAAUUGACUACAGUUCCUAAGGCAUCAAAACAACCUGUCCAAGCUGCUUUUCAGGAAAGGCUUCGCUUGCAGGCCAUUGAAGCUUACAGAGACCGUAAAAAAUGGGUCUCAAGGCCUGGACUUCAAAUUCCUGCUGCUGAAAUUGCAAACCCAUCUGUCUAAUACUCUAAUUUCUGUAAGUUUAAGGUAGAAUGUUUGUUAUUUUAUCAUGCCAUCUCCUAAGCAUAUUUUUGAUUAAUUGAGACUAUAGUUUUGAAGUUACAUGGUUCAUCUUCUCUGUAAUUUUGGAAAUGACAUUAGUUUUGUUACCCAAAAAGAUUAAAAAAAAAAAUUUGGUCCAAAA